CACGCCCCAAAAACAACAACUGCAAAGCGCACGUCCGGCGCUCGCUCAGCGUCUCGAACAAGUCGGACAGCGGGAAGAAGGUUCGAACGAUGUGGCAGCCCCACUUGCAGUUCAGGAUCGCUUGCCGAGGCAUUUCCGUUGCUGAGGGUAGCGCUACGGCGCGGAAUUCCCAGGCAUCCAGGCGAACCCACCGCCUUUCACAACAACGGCAUCAGCGGAGGCCUGCGGAAUGCGCUCACUUACAGCACAGAAGCGACACGAGGAUACCUGAUGAGCGCAGCCGGAACCUAUCUUUUUUCAGUGGAUUUUUGGGCACCAGGCGAAAACAGUCGAAACAGUCGCCAUUUGCAGCAUUCCUAGCUGCUUUUCAAACACCAUCACGGGGGCUUUGUGGGCGGACGAACAUAGGGGCACGGUCGAGGCCGGCGAGUGGGAUAUGGGCUAUGCCGGAUGCGCGCGUGGCGUCGUCCUUAGCGUCGGGAUCCCUGGGAGGGCGGAAGGAGGUGGGAACGACGACAGGCGCGUCGCGGAGUGCAGAGGGAACGCCUUUAGCAGGGGAACAACAAGGAACGACGACGAUAACAUUGAAUUCAACAUCCAGCUCAAUACCUGACCCAACCUCCCCUCCACCGACACCCCUACUUCCACCCACAUCCCCAUCGAUCGAUGAGCCCGUCGUCUCGCCUCGAGAUCUCCGCUGGUCGCCCGCGCCUCCAUUCACACCCUCCAUAUACCUUGCCCUCUCCAAAUCCAAACUCUCCGCCUUCGUUGUCCUGACGGCCAUGGCCGGCUACGCGCUCUCUCCCGGCUCUCUAACCGUCAGCACGCUCCUCAUCACAACCGUCGGAACCGCCCUCUGCUCCGCCUCCGCCAACACCAUCAACCAAUGGGCCGAACAGCCCUACGACGCCCAAAUGGCCCGCACGCGCACCCGCACUUUAGUCAAACACGCGGCAUCCCCCCUCCACGCCUUCUCCGCGGGCAUCGGCGCAGGCGUCGCCGGCACCGCCCUCCUCUUCACCUACGUCAACCCACUAACCGCCUCCCUCGGCCUCGCCAACAUCCUCCUCUACACCUGCGUCUACACCCCCUUAAAACGCGUAUCCAUCGCCAACACCUGGGCCGGCGCCAUCGUCGGCGCCAUACCCCCCCUUAUGGGCUGGGCAGCUGCCACAAACUCCAUCUCACCAGUAACCGAUUCGGGUGCGUACAUCCUCGCACUCAUCCUCUACGCGUGGCAGUUCCCGCAUUUCAAUUCCCUUGCAUGGAACCUCCGCCCAGAUUACUCGAAAGCCGGAUACAGGAUGAUGUCGGUGACGGACCCAGCGCUGAACGCACGCGUGGCACUCCGGUACGCCGCUUCCCUCUUCCCAAUAUCCUACCUCGCCACGUACACCGGUCUCGCGACGACGUGGUUCGCCCUAGACUCGACCCUCGUCAACGCCGGGUUGCUGAUCCCCGCGAUCGCGUUCUGGAAACGGCCGGAUGAUAAGAGUGCGCGCACGCUGUUCUUUGCGAGUUUGGUGCAUCUGCCGGUGCUUUUGAUCCUGCUGAUGGUGCAUAAGACGCCGGAACAGGAGGGGGAUGAGGGAGGCGAGAAGGCGUGGUCGUGGGACGGGGUUUGGAGGAUGUUGGGGAUUUGAACACCGCCCGAAGGGGGAGUACGCUAGAAUCCUCCCAUCAACCAUCAUUGAUCUCACGACACAGGCAUCAGGAAAGGGGGCAUCGCUCGACGUGUCUGCGAUGACUCCCAAAGAAGUGCUGAAGCGUAGAUUGGCAAUCAUAGAUAUAUCCCAUAAAUACAGAACAUAGCUGCGAAAACGGUCACCUAGGACCCCCUGCGGAGGGAAAUCAUUUUUGCACAUGGGCGAAAUAGCUGCGAAAACGGUCACCGAGUACUUUUUGCGAUGCCGUAGAAGGAGCUUUUUGCGAUGCCCCCUUGUGUUUCGUCCAUAGAGAGAGCUGAUGGUUUUCGUGCAGCUUCCGAAGAGAAAAGACCGGGGGUUUGUCUUCUCUUCUGCGUCCCCAGGGUUGGAAAAGAGGAGGUCCAUGUAAUAGUAGC